UUCCAACCGGUAGAUUUAUUUUUGCUUUUUUUGCUGAAUUUAAUUUCGUACAAGGAUUCCAACAAAGACGUCGAUAUAGUGUUCCUACUGAGGUAGAGAACUCUUAGUAAGGACGUCAUUCGAUGUCAGUCAAGUAUGCAAUGGAAUGUUGUUGUGAACUACUGUGUUUACUGUUUUUGCCUAUCAGCUGAAAGUAUAUAAACAGAUAAGACAAAAUUUAUUUGACUUUUAUUAAAGGAUUUAUAAUAAUAUUACAUUUUUUGUUUGUCUACAAUAGAAGUGUAAAAAAAUGACGAUAAUGGGUAAAUUUCUCCAGUUACCAUGUCGUUAUUCCACUUAUUUAAACAGUUUCCGUAGAUAUGUGACAGUAAAAAAGAACUACUAUGACAUUGUAGUAAUUGGGGGAGGAGUAGUUGGAUCUGCAUCUGCUAGAGAAUUAUUGCAAAGAUAUCCACAUUUAAAAAUAGCAAUUGUAGAAAAGGAAAACAGAUAUGCUUGUCAUCAAAGUGGUAACAACAGUGGAGUGAUUCAUGCAGGUAUAUAUUAUAAACCUGGGUCAUUAAAGGCAAAAUUAUGUGUGCAAGGUCUUGACCUAACUUAUAAAUAUUUGGAUGAGAAAGGUAUAAAAUAUUCCAAGUGUGGUAAAUUGAUUGUUGCUACACAAAGAUCUGAGGUGCCAAGAUUACUUGAUUUGUAUGAACGUGGCCUUAAAAAUGGAGUUAAAGAUAUACAAUUGUUAGACAACAAAGAGAUUCUUGAAAUUGAACCUAAUUGCAAAGGAAUACAAGCUGUUUGGUCUCCUCACACAGGUAUUGUAAGUUGGGCGGAAGUCACAAAUUCUUAUGUGGAAGAUUUUAUCAAGGCUGGUGGUAAAAGUUAUUUAAACUUUGAAGUUACAAAAUUUAUAGAAGCAGAAGAUGGACAAUAUCCUGUUAUGAUAAUCGAUAGCAAAGGUUCUGUUAUUCAGGCCAAAUAUGUCCUGACUUGUUGUGGGUUGCAUUCAGACUCUGUAGCUGUAUUAACAGGUUGUCCAGAGGAACCAAAGAUUAUUCCAUUUAGAGGAGAAUAUUUAUAUGUAGUUCCACAUAAAAGCAAUAUUGCAAAAGCUAAUAUAUAUCCAGUGCCUGAUCCUAGAUUUCCAUUUCUGGGAGUUCACUUAACACCAAGGAUUGAUGGGCGUGUUAUAGUUGGGCCAAAUGCUAUUCUAGCAUUUUGUAAAGAAGGAUACAGAUGGGGCGAUAUUAAUUUAAAAGAAUUAAAAGAUAUAUGUUCAUUCUCGGGAUUUCGUAAAAUGGCUAUGAAGUAUGCCGGUUUUGGAGUGAAAGAGAUGAUGAGAUCAGCAAUAAUGCCUCUUCAAGUAAUGCAAAUACAACGGUAUAUACAAAAUUUAACAAGUGCAGAUGUUGAAAAAGGACCUGCCGGUGUUCGAGCACAAGCUAUGGCGAAGGAUGGUACCUUAAUUGAAGAUUUUGUAUUUGAUUCGAAACCGGGAACUGGAGCUAUUGGUAGCAGAGUUUUGCAUUGUCGAAAUGCGCCUUCACCAGGCGCUACCUCAUCACUAGCCAUAGCAAAAAUGAUAGCGGACAAAAUGAAAGAGGAAUUCAAAUUGUAAUAUUUUUU